ACGGUCUACCCGCAGAACUUGCCAGUGCAGCUUCUGUGGCAGGACUGAGUGAUAGAAACUGGGAUGCUGAUGAUGUGAGAGCUUUCCAAGAGUUUCUCGAUAUGAGAGGGAGAGCUAUGCAGCAAUCUAUCCCACCUGUAGCAGCAGCACCUGCCGUCACAACUGUACAGCCGUUCAACGAGUACAUCAGUCUAGGUUUGGAGGGGUCGACGACGACGGAGAGCACACCACAGAUACAUAGUUCACCUCCUAUGGGAUCCACUUCUACAAUGUCACGCGAUGAUCUACAAACACAGUCUAAAGAACAAGAGUCAGCUGACAAGAAGAAGUUCAGGAGGAGUAGAAAAGGUUGCUACACCUGUAGAGCUAGAAAAAUUAAGUGUGAUGAAGGCAGACCUGUAUGUCAUCGAUGCCAAGUAGCAAAGCGAGAGUGUAAAUUUCCGCCUUCAAUCGAUUACAACAACGAUAACAACAGACGGGGUACCGGAAAUUUAGAUGACGAGGAUUCAAAUGGUGACCGACCCGGUUGGCUCAAGUAUACGACAGAUCCCCCAGAUUUCUUAGCCCCGUUCUUGCCCGAUAGUAGUAGUAACCCGACAGCACCACGAAUCACCAAUGAUUCAGAAGCUUCACAAGUAUCACAGAUUGGUCCGAGAUUUCCUGCUCCAACUUUCUUAGACGUAGACGGAAAUAUUGGUCCAGCUCUAAGCAACGCAUUCCCACCACCACAACCAGAUGUUAGUUUAUCACAGAAUAUGGCCAGCUUUACAAGGGAUUUUGAGAUGUUGUCUCAGGGUUCUGAAACACCUGCUCAUAAAAGACAAAGGAAGAGUGAAGAUAAAAGCGUAGACAAUGACGAUACAUCUAUGCAGCCGUCAACACCUUCACCUUUUGACGCAUUAUAUCCACCAUCACCAUUCGCGAUCCCAUUCGAAACUAAAUUUCCAACAUCAUCAAAUCCACCAGAUAUUAGCAAAUUGAGAGAAGAUGAGCGCGCGGAUCCACCACGUACAACGGCAUUCCAAAUAGAUGAAGGAGAAGGAGAAGAUGACGAUACACUUCAUAAGCAAUUAACAAAAAAUAUGGAGAGUUCAACAUCCAAAACGUCAUCUGUUGAAACUAGUUCACCUUUAUUGUCGAAUCCAGAUUAUCUUUUUCCUUUCUUUCCCGCUCCUCAGGAUAGAAUGUUGGUACAUCAUUAUCUUACUCAAUCUGUUAGAUUCAUUAUCGCACUCAAUCUACCCCAUUCAGUUAAUCCGUGGAUACGUAUACAUGCGCCAUUAGCGUUUGGUAUGAUUGCAGACAAGAAUCCGAAUGAAGCCUAUGCCCAAGCACAAGUUACUGGACAGGGGAUUAGUGUAGAAGCACUCCGCACGGGGUUGUUGAGUGUCUCGGCUGUACAUCUUGCUUAUCUCCGUGGAAAAGAUCCGGCAAGUAGAGAUCUAGCAGCUAGCCUGAGAAGAACUGCUGUUAGGUAUCUCCAAAAAGCAGUCAGCGCAGGUGAAGUUGAGACAGACACUUUCUUGGCCGGUGUACUUAGUGUCGCAAUGCGUGAUAUUCUAGCUGGUGAUCCUGGAUGGAAAGGUAUUUUAGAGCUUGCGAAAUCUGUUAUACAAAAACGUGGUGGACCUAUAAAAAUGCUUGAGACGGGCAAACCAUCAAAGAAGAAAGAGGUUUCAGUUCCUAGAUUUUUAUUAGAACAAUUAGCAACACGUGAUGUAUUUGGUUCCCUCACAACGGGCGAAGAGCCUGCUAUUAUCAAAGGCUGGUCACCGUGGUUCCUAGAAUUAGGUGAAACUGGUAGUUGUGAUUGGGAAUGGGAAAGUGUAGAGCGUAUGUUUGGUUUGAGUAGGGGUAUGGUUGAUCUUAUAGCACGUAUCUCUUCACUUGUUGCAAGAAAACGUAAAUUAGGAUUACCAUUGUAUGAAAAUGAUGCUCAGAAAGCUGAACGAUGCGGUUGCAAUAGCGGUGAUUCAACACCUGAAAUGAGAGGUAGAUCAGAAUUACGUAGUAAUCGUAAAGUUAGAUCAUCAGGUAGUGAUUCACGUUCACGUACUAGAGUUUCACGUCAAAGUCGUUCAUCAAAUUCACGUACUCGUUCACGCUCAGCGAGAAGGAAUACAGAUAAUAAUGACGUUAUUAAAGAAAUGCGUAGACAGGCAUUACAGGAAGAAGCUAGAGAGACUCUUGCCGAGCUUGAAAAUUUCUCUAAUCAGAUGAACUUCAUACAGUUACAUCCUAGAGUUAGCGUUGGUAAUCAUGCCCAUAGGUACGCAAUGCAAAUUCAUAUUCUUCGUAAUUUAUUUGAAGUUUCGACGAAUGAUGAGAGGGUCGUAAGGGCAACGGAAAGUAUACUUGAAGUAUGCUUUGAAGGAUCGUCUACUGGGAUGGUAGUCUGGUUGACCUGGCCAGUAUUGAUUGCAGGUAUGCACUCCACAUCAUACGAACAGAGAGCAUCUGUACUUGCACUUUUACAAUCGUUUAAAACGCAAGCUUGUUGGGAUGUUGAAUCAGCUGAGGCUAUUUUGAAGGAAUAUUGGAGAAGAUACGACCUUGGUCAUAACACACUCUCCUGGAUGGAUGUUAUGAGGGAUAUGAAUUUGGACGUCUUGUUGGUUUAAAGUUUUUAUUAGAGCGUAUCGUUAUAGAAGAGAUCUGCGUAAGAAAAAAAGAAUUUGUGUACUUUUAUUCAUUGAAAUAUGUCAUGACAAG